AGGGUUGUCCUGAAUGUUGAACCAUUUGUUUUUUGCCCUGUUCAUGGGUUGCCUGAUCUGCAUAAUCAGAGCCGCACCUACACUGCCAGCGUCCACGGUUCGUGUCCACUUAAAGCCUUCUUCAAGCUUCUUCAAACACCCGCCACGGACAACCACAUCCAAGGGACUUGCCAUUUCCAAAGUUAAUUCCACAACUCAUGACUGGUGGUAUUUUAGAUCGAAAACAUUUGAUUCCAACAGAAAAGCAAAGGUCCAAGGAAUCGGAAAUGAAAAGAGGCUGGUGCUGCUGGAUCUUCGUCCGACCACAAAUUCUCAAAACUUCAGUACCCCAUCAGGACGCAAAUCAGAUAUUAAUAUCGAAAAAGAAAACGAAGACAAAAGGCUGAGUAAAAAGCGUUCCCACGUACGGGUCGUGGUUCCUUUAAGCUCAACCCGUCUGAGCGUUGGCGCUAAGGAUCCAAAAACACGGAAAAUCGGAGUAACUCCGAAUACUUCCAUGUUUCCAGCAACCAGAAAUCAAGGACUGUUGCUGCUGGAUCCGCGUCCGGCCACAAAUGCUCAAAACCUCAGUGCGUCAUCAAUACAAAAAUCUCAUAUUAAAGGCGAGGGCAGACCGCAGACUAAAAAUCGUUCCCAAAUAAGACGCACGACGUCCUUGACGUCAAUCCAUCGGAGCGUUGGGGUCGAUGAUCGAAAGACACGGAAAAUCGGAGUGACAUCGAACGCUUCCACGGUUCCAGCAACCAGAAAUCUAGGACUGAUGCUGCUGGAUCCUGGUCCGAUCACAUAUUUUCAAAACCUCAGUAGCCCCCCAUCCGGAUUCAGAAGCCAGGUACAAAAAACCACCCGUGAAAUUCCCAUGGAGCUUACAAUACCGAUGAAAUAUCUGGUGAGUCCGCAGAACGUGUUGAUGAUGGACGCGGUACUGGAAGAUGAUCAAAUGAUACAUACCGAAGCACCUGUGUGGAAGGACACGCGUUACCAUUUCCAGCACCAAAGCCGACAACCUAGAAUACGCCUAGAGUCGAGUCCAAUAAUGGAGUUCUAUCCCGAUGAUGGGAAGAUAAACACCGUGUGCUGGAACAAAUCAACCAUUAGUGGAACGGAUAUGGUUAUGAACUAUAUUAAGCCCCAUAUCUAUAAAAAGCCGUACGGCAAGAGGCGCCUUUACCCUGCAUUUCGAAAGGCAAAUGGCACAUCGGGUAUGCCAUUGUUAUUCUGCCACAGUUCGGAUUCGGUUCCAGUUCAAAUGUUUUUGAAAUGUAUGAUAAUGCGCCACAUGAUGAUGGAGUCGUUGGUACCCAAAUAUCCCUACCACCAGGUCCAACCAGGUCCAUAAUAGUGCUGCUAAAGCUGAAACUAAACACCAUGGAGGGUCCUGCUGCUAUUUUUUGAUCUGAUCAUCUGAUGAUCUUUUGAUCUGCAUUGAUUUUGUUUUAUCAUAGUAUACAUUGUUCUUUCAUUCCCCAAUGGAAUUGUGGAAUAGUCUCAUUUCCAAUAUAAAAAUUCAUAGUGUUACAUGUGCA